AUGGCGUUGAACCUUGAGAAACAGCUGCUUUUUUAUGGAGCUUAUCACAAUAAUCCCGUGAACAUUGCGAUUCACGUCACUUGCGUUCCGGUCCUGUUGUUCACAGGAAUUGUACUCGCGUGCAACUGCCCAACACUCAUCCCGACCCCGGAGUUCUUGACAUCCAACUACCUUCCCCUGAAUGCAGGCACGAUCGGAGCUUUCAUUUACGCAUUCUUCUACAUUCUUCUCGAGCCCUGCGCGGGCGGCCUGCUUGCGCCGCUCGUGGUCUGCUUCGCCGCAGCUGGCAACUAUCUGCUGGGAACAUACAGCUCGGGCGUCAACUACUGGGCUGGCGGCAUUCAUGUGAUCUCCUGGCUGGCUCAAUUCGUCGGCCAUGGCAAAUUUGAGGGCCGAGCUCCGGCCCUCUUGGAUAACCUGGUGCAAGCUUUCCUGCUCGCACCCCUCUUUGUCUGGAUGGAGAUCCUAUUCUUCUUCGGCUAUCGCCCUGAACUGAAGGCGCGAAUGGACAAGAAUGUCGAGAUGGAGAUCGCCAAGUUCCGAAAAGAACAGAAGACCAAAUAA